AUGCCGAUAACGCGGUCAACAGGAAGAGGACGAAUCGAAACUAAACAAUCGCCGCCCUCAGAAACCACAGCUACAGCACAGAGCGUGUGGACAGAAACAGCCGCGAAUACCGUAAUGAGUCUGGUAGCCCCCACAACAGAAUCAUCGUGCGCAACAGCCAACAUGGAAGCCACGACGAAAGUCGCAGAGAAACCUGGGAACUCAAAAACAGAGGCCGUCAAACAGUAUAUAGCCAAACAGAAUGACGUGCCAACAAAACAGCGCGCCGGUACAGUCAAAAGUGACCGGUCGCGAAACAGAAAAGAACAGAAGAUAGCCAAAGCUAGAGAAGAGCUCGCCCGCCUACAAGUGGAAUUGGCAGCCACCCGACUGGCCACGCUCGAAGCUGGAUCUGAUGACGAAAACAGCGAAUCAGAAUACAACUUCUCAGAUCUAACCGCAGCAAUAACACUCGCCGUCAAAGCCGCCCGCGAACCAAGAUACACAGAAUUGCCAUUCUUUAAUGGAAAUCACCAAGAUUGGCUAUCCUUUCGUGCAGCCUAUCACGAGACGAUGAAUUCAUUUACAAAAACAGAAAAUAUAAACAGACUCAGAAGGAGCCUGAAAGGAAGGGCAAAGGAAGCCGUUGACGGAUUACUUAUAACGAACGCUGAUCCGUCCGACGUCAUAAGAAGUCUAGAAGCGCGAUUCGGAAGACCGGAAACAAUAGCCAUAACGGAGUUAGACACGCUACGAGCGCUGCCAAGACUAACAGAAACACCAAGAGACAUUUGUAUAUUCUCCAGUAAGGUGACCAACGCCGUAGCUACGCUUCGUGCAUUAAAUUGCACACAUUAUUUAUAUAAUCCGGAAACUACCAAAACAAUGUUAGAAAAACUCACACCAACACUACGUUACCGAUACUACGACUUCACCGCGGUACAACCGAAGGAGGAUCCGGAUCUGAUUAAAUUUGAAAAAUUCAUGAAAAGAGAAGCCGAACUGUGCAGCCCUUAUGCACAGCCCGAACAGGCGGGGCACUACUCGCAGCCCGCACAACACAACAGACGCACACAGAACGUGCACAUAGUCAGUGAGAAGCCAUCACGAGCUAAAUGUCCGGUAUGUAGCAACACUGAACACACCACAACAGACUGCUACAUAUUCAAGAAGGCAGACUCAAACACAAGAUGGGACAUCGCUAAGAAUAAACACUUGUGUUUCCGAUGUCUCAAGUAUAGAAAUAAAACCCACCACUGUAAACCGAAGACGUGUGGCAUUAAUGAUUGCAAAUAUACUCACAACAAGAUGCUACACUUCGACAGAAAAAUUGAAAAAACAGACAACAGUGACAAGAAAACAACAGAGAACAUUAAUUCCGCUUGGACCGGAAAACAGAAACAGUCCUAUUUGAAAAUAAUCCCAGUCCAAGUACAAGGACCGAUAGACACGGUUGAUACAUACGCGCUGCUCGACGAUGGAUCAACGGUAACACUGAUAGACGAAAUCAUCUGCAAGAAGACUGGAAUAACAGGACCAAUCGAUCCGUUACACAUACAGGCGAUUAACAACAUAAAAUCAACGGAAACAAGGUCAAGAAGAGUCAACCUCACGCUCAGAGGCCUCAACAGUCGAAAAGAAAUAAUACAAGCGAGAACAGUUAACGACCUACAAGUAACAGAACAAAAAAUACCAAAGGAACAGAUAGAUGAGUAUUCGCACCUACGAGACAUCAGUGACAUCAUCACGUAUGAGAACGCGAAACCUGGAAUCCUGAUUGGCCAAGACAACUGGCACAUGUUACUAACUUCGAAAGUUAGACGAGGCAACAGGAAUCAGCCAAUAGCGUCACUGACACCUCUAGGCUGGGUAUUGCAUGGAGGUCGCACUCGUACCCUAGGCCACCACAUAAACUACAUAAAUCAUGCUAGCGAAACCCAGGAAGAUGAUAAAAUAGAAAAUCUGGUAAAACAGUAUAUCGCUAUGGAUGCGCUAUGCAUCACACCAAGAAGACCAAAAACAGACCCAGAGGAACAGGCGCUUCACAUCCUCAACAGAAAUACAGUCCACACAGCAGAUGGAAGAUACGAAACUGCUCUGCUCUGGAAAACAGAUAAUGUCAGUCUACCAGACAACUACAAUAACUCGUUAAAGCGACUGAUAAAUAUAGAAAACAAACUUGAUCGUAAUCCGGAACUGAAACAGAAAUACACAGAACAGAUGGAAGCACUCGUCGCGAAAGGCUACGCCGAGCCCGCUCCAAAAACAAAAACAGAGAACAGAACGUGGUAUCUACCUCACUUCGCCGUCGUGAACCCCCUGAAGCCGGAAAAACUCCGAGUCGUCCACGACGCCGCCGCCAGAACAAGAGGGGUAGCUUUAAAUGAUAUGCUGCUUAAGGGACCGGACCUACUCCAAUCACUACCAGGAGUGAUAAUGCGAUUUAGACAGCAUAAUAUAGCAGUAACAGCAGACAUAAAGGAGAUGUUCAUGCAAGUGAAAUUGAGACAUGAAGACAGAGACGCGCUCCGCUAUCUCUGGCGCAAAGAUCGCCGAGAUGACAAGCCCCCAGAAGAAUACAGAAUGACCUCGUUGAUCUUCGGUGCGUCAAGUUCUCCUUCCACAGCAAUAUAUGUAAAGAACUUGAACGCCCAGAAACAUGAAGCCACGCACCCGGAGGCGGCAGCCGCAAUACAGAACAAGCACUACGUAGACGACUACUUGGACAGCUUUAAAACUUUAAAAGAUGCAGUACGCAUAACAACAGACGUUCGUCGUAUACACGAAAAAGCUCAUUUUGAAUUAAAACAGUGGAAGUCAAACUCGCCGAGCCUACUUGAAACCCUUGGUGAAAACGAAAAUGGAAAUCAAGUGGAACUGUACAAGCCUGAAGAAAAAACUGAACGAGUACUCGGGCUCAUAUGGAAAACAGAAAAGGACGUGCUUACCUUCGACCUCAAUCUGACAAGAAUACCUCCACCGCUCGUCGAAGGCAAGAACCCGACCAAGAGAGAAGCACUAAAAGUCGUAAUGUCGUUAUUCGACCCGCUAGGCUUCGUGUCCCCAGUCACAAAUAGAGCAAAACAACUUCUGCAAGAAGUGUGGCGGCGAGGAACAUCAUGGGACGAUGAAAUAGAUAACGACCUGUCGACACACUGGCAGGCCUGGGUGAAGCAGCUGAGAAACCUGCACAAUAUAGCCAUCCCAAGAUGUUACUUAAACUACAGCGACACGACCACAUUACAGCUACACGUCUUCACCGACGCAAGUGAAUCCGCCUACGCUGCAGCACUAUACUGGCGAACGAUAAGUCCGAAUAAUAGAAUCGACGUGUCACUGAUUAUGAGCAAAGCAAAGGUAGCGCCCCUGAAACUCACUUCUAUACCGAGACUGGAACUACAAGCCGCCGCUCUCGGAGCACGCCUCGCUGAAGCUGUAAUAGCGGAACACGACAGAAAGCCGGAUUCGAAGACCUUCUGGACCGACAGUAAGACAGUAUUAACAUGGAUAAGAACGGGAUCACGCUCGUACAAACCAUACGUCGCCCACCGCCUGGCUGCUAUAGAAGAUAGUUCAACAGUAAACGAGUGGCGAUGGGUACCCACGAAGCAUAACGUGGCCGACGACGCAACUAGAGACGUGCCAAUAUCGUUCGACAACGAACACAGAUGGUUCAGAGGACCGGAAUUCCUACACCAGCAAGAAGAAUCCUGGCCUACGGAAUCAGCAACAGCAACAAUAGAACCGACAGGUGAAGAAAAGAUACAUCACACGAUCGCCGUCAACCUUAAAAACAGACUAACUGAAGGUUUACCAGACGUAUCCCGGUUCUCGAAUUGGGAAAGACUCCGAUACACCACAGCCAGAGUCCUACAGUUUAUACAACUUUGUAGGCGCAGAACAGAACAGGUACACCAUAGAAAAAACAAAAGAAACAAAGAAGCAGACCCCGCGUGGGCCGAACGUAAACAACGAACAAUGGUUUCGCCGAAAUCCUUUAAAACCAAAACGGAAGAUAGAAAAUACCAUCCGAUCUCAGCUGAAACAUUGAAAACGGCCGAGAAACUGCUUAUGCGCGCGACACAAGAAGAAAGCUUCGCUCAAGAAAUCAAGGACAUCCAACAACGAGGAGGCGUGAACCAGAAUAGCCGCCUCCACAAACUCAGUAUUGUAUAUGAGAACGGAUACCUACGAAUACGAAGCCGUAUCGAAGCAGCAGAACGAAUACCAACAGAAAUAAAGAGCCCGGUGAUCCUGGACGGAAACCACCUCACAACUAAGUUGUGGAUAAAAUAUAUUCAUCACAGAUUACAUCAUGCUGGAGUCGAAGCUACAAUUAACGAGUGUCGUCAGCAAUACUGGAUAGUGCGUAUACGCCCAGUGACUCGCACCAUAGUAAACAAAUGCCUACAAUGCAGAAUGAAGACACAGAUACCGUCGUAUCCGAGGACCGGAGAUCUACCACCGUGCCGUCUAGCCCAUCACAAAAGACCAUUCACUUUCACGGGAGUUGAUUACUUCGGUCCGCUAACAGUCACAGUCGGACGAACCAACCAAAAGCGAUACGUAGCAAUAUUCACUUGUCUAACAAUACGAGCCAUACAUCUUGAAAUAGCCGCAUCACUAAACACCCACUCUCCGGUGAUGGCGCUCCGAAGAAUGAUAGCACGACGAGGUUGUCCGACGCAGAUAUGGUCGGACAACGGCACCAACUUAAAAGGAGCAGACAGAGAACUACGCCGAGCCAUCGACGGUGCAACCGCAAAGGAAGCAGCGAACAGAACGAUCUCCUGGAGAUUCAUCCCACCCGGAGCACCGUUCAUGGGAGGUGCCUGGGAAAGGAUGGUGCGCUCGGUAAAGGUCGCGUUAACGGCAACACUCCAUGAACGAAGUCCAACGGAGGAAGUGCUCUCGACGUUAUUAGCUGAAAUAGAAUAUACGGUAAACAAUCGGCCUUUGACUCACGUUUCGGUCAGCGUGGACGACCCCGAAGCCCUAACCCCGAACCACUUACUACUAGGCGGGCCGGGGCGAGUACCAACACCAGGGACAUUUGAUGAAAGAGACACAUUGACGCGAAACAGUUGGAGAGCGGCACAACGACUCGCUGACCUGUUUUGGACGAGGUGGGUUAGAGAGUAUCUCCCCGAGCUGCAGCACCGGCGGGAGCCUCAUGGCCGAGGCAUCCCCGUGAAAAACGGAGAUUUAGUCCAGCUUGUGGACAACAACUUGCCACGAAACACAUGGGUGCGAGGAAAAGUGAUCGCGACGUAUCCAGGACCCGACAACGUGGUGCGCACCGUAGAUAUCAGAACCAAAGGGGGAGUUCUACGGAGACCAGUGCGAAAACUAGUGAUCCUGCCCAUAGAAGACGACCAUCCUGCACCGAGAAGAAAUGCGACGGACUCGCACGGCGGGAGUAAUGUGCAGGACGAAAUCGAUUUUAAAUAG